AUGGGCUCGGCUGAGCAAGGGAGCGAGACUCCCACAGACGGUCGGACGUGGCGCAACUACUUCCCUAAAGGCGACCUCUGGGUGUUCGGAUACGGGAGUUUGAUCUGGAAGCCACCGCCGCAUUACGACCAACGGGUUCCCGGCUACAUCAAUGGCUACGUACGGCGCUUCUGGCAGGUACUAUCUAGUACCGACCAUCGGGGCACUUCAGAGAACCCUGGGCGAGUUGUGACUGUGAUCGAACGGGAAUUCUGGGAAACGCUGGAUGAUCCGCUGGCGCACCUGGAAAUCUCCCCCACAGCCACGGUCUGGGGCGCUGCAUAUCAUAUUCCUGCCUCCCAUGCUGAGGAGGUGCAUGAUUAUCUUGAUGUCCGAGAGAUCGAUGGUUACACUGUUCACUACACCCCCUUUCACCCCGUCGACACCUCCAAGGGCCCGAAUGCGGAGGACUCUACGGCAUUUCCGAUCGUCUGUAUGGUGUACAUCGGUCAGCCAACCAACCCUCAGUUUCUGCGCGAUCCCGCCCGACGAGAACAGCAAGACGUGGCAGAGGUGAUUAGUCGCAGUCAGGGACAGAGUGGUAAGAACACCGAGUACCUGUAUCUUCUGGAAAAGUCGCUGGACGGACUCGGGCUGGGGAGUGCCGAUGUGCACGUCACGGAUCUGGUGCGGCGAGUGAAGGCCAUCGAAAGUGUGGAAGAAUCGGCGGCAGAAGAGGCAAAGGCGGAACGGGAUAUAGAGGAAGCACUCCAUGCAUCAGGCGCGGAGGCUCAGUAA